AGUGGCUUAUCAAUUCGGCGUGCUGCAGUCGUUUAUCGUAUUCCAAGAGCAACUUUGCUCCGCUAUAUAGAUGGUGUUCAUCCGUCGCAGAUUCGUCACCUUGGUGCGUUUUCAUGCGUGUUUACGGCGGAGCAGGAAUCGGAACUGCUGAAGUAUAUCCUGUUCAUAGAACAAAGUUUCUAUGGAAUAACAAUAAAAGAAAUACGACAACUGGCCUUCGAUUUAGCCGAGAAAAACGGUAUAAAUCAUCCAUUCAACAAAUUCUCUAAGCUUGCUGGAAACGAUUGGUUAAGUGGAUUUCGCAAGCGCCACCCACAAAUUUCACUAAGGUCACCGGAAGCAACUUCGGCAGCUAGAGCACAAGGGUUUAACCGUGUAGCUGUGGGAAAAUUCUUCGAUUUGUUUGAAGAUACCAUCCGUUUGAAGAAUAUACCGGAUUACAGAAUUUAUAACGUAGACGAGACUUCCAUCGUUCCGGUCCAGCCCAAGCGUUCCAAGGUGCUAGCUUUACGGGGAAGGCGGCAGGUAGGCUGUCUGACUUCAGCUGAAAGGGGAGUGUUGAGCACUGCCUGCAUGUGUAUGUCAGCAACCGGACACUUUGUACCACCUUUUGUGAUAUUCCCACGAGUUAGGAUGACAGACAAGCUGAAGCUAGGUGCUCCUCCAGGGACUGUUUUUUCCUGCAAUCCCAGCGGUUGGAUGACAGCGGAGGGCUUCAACAAAUGGUUUGAACAUUUCAUCCGGCAUACAAAACCGUCGGCAGAGGAUCCUGUUCUGCUGAUACUCGACGGUCAUAGCAGCCAUACAAAAAAUCUUGAAUUCAUUGACCGAGCGAGAGAAUGCAAUGUACACGUAUUAAGCUUGCCGCCCCACUGUAGCCAUAAAUUACAGCCCCUGGACGUAAGCUUUAUGGGACCAUUUAAAACAUAUUUUUCACAAGCCAUCGAAAACUACCUGAAGGAUGAGCCAGGAAAAGUGGUGACCUUAAAUGAAAUGAGUUCUCUAUUAGCCACGGCAUACCAUCGUGCUGCGAGGUCGGAAGUAGCGAUCAGUGGAUUUCGUAAGACCGGAAUAGUUCCGUUCAACCGAUUUACAUUUUCCGACAGCGAUUUCGUCCCAGCUACUGUUACGGACAUAGAACUCUCGGAUUUUAUGGAGAACAGUGUUAUAGAUCCAGAAGAAGCAGCCGCUCUCAUCGAUCCCGGUGCCAGGUCGUCUUUCACAGCACCCGCCAAUGCACCUUCGCCAGCACAGAUGGUGUCGUUAUUUGAGCGAUCUACGAAGUUUCCUAAGUUUUCCAUUACUGAUGACGAAAGUCCGUUUUACGGGUUCGGCCCAGAAGAAUACGUCACAUCUUUCUCUUACAAAACACAGACGCCACUCAAGGUCACACCGCAAUCUAACAUGCUGAUUGGAACCGGAUAUUCACAGUCAUCGGUGUCAUCCUUGUCAACUGCCAAGGAAGGUUCUUUCACUGUAUCUCCCUUCUCGCUUCGUCCGUUACCGAAAUCGCGCCACAGGAAGAGAAUGUCGAAAAGGAAAACAGAAAAGGCAUCUAUUCUCACAUCGAGCCCGAAUCGAGAAGUCCUCAAGACAUUGCAGGCCAAUAAGGAAAUCAAGCAGAUCAGAAAAGGUCAACGCAGCUCUAAAAUUCAGUCCGAAAAGAAGCGCAAAAAACAGGAUAAAGAGAAUGUUCCACAUGACAGUCUAUGCUGUCUUUGCGGGGAUCAGUUCAGUUCUUCAUUUGAGGGCGAAAAAUGGAACCAGUGUCAUCGUUGUCAUACUUGGGUCCAUACUUGCGAUGGAAACAUGUGUCCAUGUUGAAUGAA